AAUCGGUUCUUUGCAUCACUCUCUCUAUAUAUCUGUUUAGGUGCUCCGAGAAGAGUGAGAAAAAAUGGCUACUUUGAACCCAUUCGACCUUUUGGAUGAUGAUGCUGAGGACCCAAGUUUGCUAGUUGCUGCUCAGCAGCUAAAGGCUCCUGUUGCAUCUGCACCAACCAAGAAGGGUCCAGUUCAGCCUACUAAACCUGCUGCUAAGUUGCCCUCCAAGCCGGUUCCUCCUUCUCAGGCUGUGAGGGACGCCAGGAGUGACGGCCAGCGAGGAGGAGGUCGUGGGGGUCCACGUGGUGGAGCCUGUGGUCGUGGGCGUGGACGUGGGUUCAACCAAGAUUUUGCUGCUGAUGAGAAUGCCUUUGGCAGCAAUAAUGGAUCCUCUGGGCGGUACAGUGCUCCAGAAGAUGGAGAAUCAGGAAAGGUUUCUGAAAGGAGAGGUGGAUACGGUGGAUCACGUGGGGGGUUCCAUGGAGGUCGUCGUGGUGGUUUCAAUAACGGGGAUGCUGCAGAAGGAGAAGGGGAACGCCCAAGGAGAGUGUUUGAUCGACGAAGUGGAACUGGCCGUGGGAAUGAGUAUAUUAAACGGGAGGGAUCUGGUCGUGGGAAUUGGGGAACUACUGCAGAUGAUGUUGCACCGGAGACUGAAGUACCUGUUAUUGAUGGUGAGAAGAUUGUCGAGGCUGAGAAACAAGCUGGACAGGAAGAUGCUGAAGACACCAAUAAGGAAUCUACCGCUGCUGAGCCAGAAGAGAAAGAACCUGAGGAGAAGGAGAUGACCCUCGAAGAGUAUGAGAAGGUAAUGGAAGAGAAGAGGAAGGCUUUGGUGGCUCUAAAGCAAGAGGAAAGAAAGGUUAAUUUGGACAAAGAACUUCAAUCCAUGCAACUUCUCUCAAACAAGAAGAAUGAUGAUGAGAUCUUCAUCAAAUUGGGUGCUGAGAAAGAUAAGAAAAAGGAGGCAGUGGAAAAAACCAAAAAGACCAAAAGCAUAAACGAGUUUCUGAAGCCUGCUGAGGGAGAAAGUUACUACCGCCCUGGUGGCCGUGGUAGGGGCCGUGGCCGUGGAAGAGGUAAUGGCGGUGGAUAUGGUGGAAUCAACAGUGUUUCAGCCCCAUCCAUUGAAGAUGUUGGUCAAUUCCCCUCCUUGGCUGUCAAGUAAGGGAGCAAGUCCUGCAUGGAUUAGGAUUAUGUUGAUCAGCGUGAGCUAAAAGUUGGAUGCCAGUUUUGUAACAUUUUUGGUUAUUUUUUCUUUCUUUCUGAUUUUGGUUAUUGUUGUUGAACAUGGUGUAAUAUCAUCAUUUUUAUGAACUUAAUAGUAGAUGAUAUAAUGUUACAAGAAUGGUUCACU